CGUCGAAACGAAACCUCGGGUGCUGCGAGCAAUCGGGGGAGAGCAGACAAGAGAACGGAGGGCGGAAGAAAAGAAAUAAAGAAAAAAAAAGCAAGGAGGAGGGAGGGAAUGGUCGUUCGGAAGGUGGGGAAGUAUGAGGUGGGGCGGACGAUCGGGGCAGGCACGUUCGCGAAGGUGAAGUUCGCGCAGAACACGGAGAGCGGCGAGAGCGUCGCCAUGAAAGUCCUCGACCGCGCCACCAUCAUCAAACACAAGAUGGUCGACCAGAUUAAGAGGGAAAUCUUCAUAAUGAAGCUCGUGAGACAUCCCCAUGUCGUUCGUCUAUAUGAGGUAUUGGCGAGUCGGACAAAGAUUUAUAUAAUCCUGGAAUUCAUUACUGGUGGUGAACUUUUUGAUAAAAUUGUUCAUCAUGGAAAACUUAGUGAAGCUGAUGCACGUAGAUACUUUCAGCAACUCGUUGAUGGGGUAGACUAUUGCCAUAGUAAGGGAGUCUACCAUCGAGAUUUGAAGCCUGAAAAUCUCCUCCUUGAUUCACAAGGAAAUCUGAAAAUUUCAGACUUUGGUCUUAGUGCUGUGUCUGCACAGGGAGUUAGCCUUCUGCAUACUACAUGUGGAACUCCGAACUAUGUGGCACCGGAGGUACUUAGUCACAAGGGUUAUGAUGGUGCUGUUGCUGAUACUUGGUCAUGUGGAGUUAUUCUUUAUGUUUUAAUGGCUGGAUAUCUUCCAUUUGAUGAGGUUGAUUUAACUACCCUCUACAACAAGAUUGAGAAAGCAGAAUUUUCUUGUCCAUCUUGGUUUUCCGUUGGUGCAAAAUCCCUGAUUCAUAGAAUUCUAGACCCUAACCCUGCUUCUCGUAUUAGAAUAGAAGAAAUCAGAUGCCAUGAAUGGUUCAGGAAGAAUUAUGUGCCUGUUGGACAAGUUGAAAAUGAGGAUGUUAACCUCGAUGAUGUAUAUGCUGCUUUUGACGAUCCUGAGCAGGCAAGCGACCAAUCUAGGAACGAGGAAUCGGGUCCUCUAAUUCUAAAUGCAUUUGAUCUAAUUAUCCUCUCCCAAGGGCUGAACCUUUCAGCAUUGUUUGACAGGAGACAGGAGAAUGUAAGACAGCAAACCCGCUUUCUAUCAUGCAAACCAGUAAAAGUUGUCUUAUCAAGUAUGGAAGUUGUGGCACAGUCAAUGGGCUUUAAGACUCAUAUUCGUAAUUAUAAGAUGAGGGUGGAGGGCCUCUCGGCAAACAAAACUGCUCAUCUUUCUGUCAUGCUGGAAAUUUUUGAAGUUGCUCCAUCAUUUUUCAUGGUGGAAAUUCAAAGAGCAGCUGGAGAUGCAGCAGAAUAUCUCAAGGUAUGCCGUCAACAAGAGGGCUCUGAUAUGGACGGGGGGCAUUUUGUUAAAGAGUGAUGAACGGUAACCAACUAAACAAAAUUCUCGUAUCAAAGAAGUGUAUGCGCUUGCGCCUGUACGUGUGUGCAGGAGGGUAUGCACAAGUGCGUGUGUGCAUUAUUGUUAUUUUCUCCGUUGAAAUAUAUGAAACUUCUAGGAGUGUGAAAGCUAUCUAUCCCAAGCUUCCAAAAAAGAGGGGAGAAAGGACAUCAUUCCUUCUACUUGCCCCAGGUUUCUCUUUAACUCUCUUGAAUACUUCCUACCCAAAACUCCAGGAACAGAAAAACAUUGGAGAUGAGUCACCUUUUGGGACUGCAACUUGGACACGAGCCAUAUAUUGUAUUUGCUUUACACAGCCCAGGGUAUUCAGUUAUCACAAGUCACUGUAAUUUUAACUUACAUUACUGCUAGAAUUACGGGCAUAAAAAUUUUAAGUUGUUUUGAAA